GCGGGCGCCACACCUGGAAACAGACUGCAGAUCGCACACUCGGGACAGCGGUGCCCGUGAGCAUUUCUGGAAGCCAAGCCCCUGUCACAGAGGGAAGGACAGAGCAGGAGGCAGGCGGCAGGUGCCAUGGGGUCCCCCUCAGUCCCCGCCCGCAGAGGGCGCGCUCCCUGGCAGGGACUCCUGCUGGCCGGCUCACUCUUCACCUUCUGGAGCCCGCCCACCACUGCCCAAUUCACUAUUGAGUCAGUGCCGCCCGAUGCUGCUGAAGGGAAGGAUGUCCUUCUCCUUGUCCACAAUCUGCCUGAGGAUCUUGGAAAAUGUAAAUGGUUCAGAGCAGAAAAUGUGGACACCAGCAAGCAAAUUGCAUCAUAUAGAAUAGACAAUCAAGAAACUACCCGGGGGCCUGCAUACAGCGGUCGAGAGACGAUAUACCCCAAUGGCACCCUGCUGUUACAGAACGUCACCCUGAAGGACACAGGAUACUAUACCCUACAAAUCAUCACAAAACAUUUAUCAACUCUCAGAGCAACUGGACAGCUCCGUGUGUACCAGCCCGUGGGGAAGCCCUCCAUCCGAGCCAGCAACACCACCGUCACAGAGCAUAAGGACACCGUGGUCCUGUCCUGUCUCACAAAUGACACUGGGAUCUCCACCCGGUGGUUCUCCAAUGACUGGAGUCUUCUACUCACAGAGAGGAUGAAGCUGUCCCAGGAGAACAGCACCCUCACCAUAGAGCCCGUCAGGAGGGAGGACGCUGGGGGUUAUCAGUGUGAGGUCUCCAACCCCAUCAGCUCCAGCAAAAGUGAGCCCCUCAGGCUGCGUGUGCAUUAUGAAAACUACUCGGGCUACCCCGUGGGGACCAUCGCUGGCAUCGUCAUUGGGGUCCUCGUCGUGGCGGCGCUGGGGACCUCCCUGGGGUGCUUCCUGUGCCUCCGGAGGACUAGGAGGGCCAGUGACCCACGAGGCCGCAGAGAGCACCGACCCCCAGCAUCCACCCCUGGCCAGGGUCCUUCUGGAGCCUCCGCCUCCCCGGGUCCCCUCGACUCCCCCAGGACAGCCUGCCCCAUCUAUGAGGACUUGCUGAGCCCGAGCACAGACGUGUACUGCCAGAUCCACCCGAGAGCAAACGGGGCCCCUUAGUUCCCUGGGGACCUGCU